UCCCUCCCCGACGGAGGCGCACGAUGAUCGUGGAGCUAACAGAGAGCGUGAUCUGAGUACCCCAGCAAAGCUCUGUGUUGUCCCGGAGAGAGAAUCAGUGCCAUUACGCAUAGUUCGCGGAUCUCUGUUUACACCACGCUAUCGCGGCCAACCGAGGCGAGAGCUGUCGACGACAGAUCCUUUUAGUGCCCCCUGCCAGUUACAGGCCGACAUUCUUCCAGUUCUCGUCGAAUACUGGGACAGAGGUAGAAGGCGAUAUCAGCAGACAGACAAAACCCUCCAGGAAUAUCACCCUCCGGUGUUGUGUGCCGACAUUUCCCCCAGAAAUGGACGGUUUCGCCGGUAGUUUAGAUGACAGCAUCUCGGCUGCGAGCGCGUCGGACGUGCAGGACCGUCUGUCGUCGCUGGAGCUGCGCGUGCAGCAGCAGGAGGACGAGAUCACGGUGAUGAAGGCGGCGCUGGCCGACGUGCUGCGCAGGCUGGCACUGUCAGAGGACUCGGCCGCCGCCGCCAAGAAGCAGGCCGCCGGGAAAGGCCAGAAUCCGCUGCGCGAGGCCUACUCCAUGGGUUGCAUCGCCAAUGGAGGGUCCAGUGGACGUAAGUCGCACCGGGACAGCGCCAGCCUCUCAGUAGCGAAGAAGGAGACCCUCUCCUCAGCCGCUAAGAGUGGUUCAGAGCGCAAGCGGGACAGGCCGGCUGGUAUGGAGGGCAUCAAAGAGAAGGAGGAGCCAUCCCAGGGCAGCGACGCGCCCGCCAGCAGUCCUCACACACCGUCCCCCUCCAGCCACCCCCCCUCCCCUCACCCCCCAACCCCCCAAAGGCAGACGCCAGACAGCAAGGCCUCCUCCUCCUCUUCGGCUAAAAGCCGAGGCAGCAGUGCGAAGAGGGGCAUGGAGCGUUCACAGAGCAGCACGUGGGACAGGGACGAGGACGGCAGGACCAAGCUGGUGAAGGCUGCCUCCACCUCCAAACUCCUCGCCAAGGCGGCCAAGAACGCAGAGAAACACAAAGACCCAGUGAUAAGCCAAGCUAAAAUGUCCACGCGAGAAAGAAACCAAGAAGGGGAGCCGAGUGUGAAGAUGUUCAUGCGGGGCCGGCCCAUCACUAUGUAUAUCCCGACAGAGAUGAUCGAGAGCUACGACGACACCGUCCGACCAGAGCUGCCCUCUGAGCGGCUCAAACUGGAGUGGGUAUAUGGCUACCGGGGCCGAGACUGUCGUGCCAAUGUCUACCUGUUGCCCACGGGCGAGAUUGUCUACUUCAUCGCCUCCGUCGUCGUGCUCUUCAACUACGAGGAGCGUACGCAGCGCCACUACCUGGGCCACACCGACUGCGUCAAAUGUUUGGCAGUGCACCCAGACAAGAUCCGCAUGGCCACGGGACAGAUAGCAGGAGUGGAUAAAGAUGGACGGCCGUUGCAGCCCCAUGUGCGUGUCUGGGACAGCGUCAGCCUGACCACGCUGCAGGUGAUUGGCAUGGGAGUGUUUGAGAGGGGAGUGGGAUCCCUCGCCUUCUCCAAAGCGGACUCUGGCACACACCUGAGUGUGAUUGAUGACUCCAACGAGCACAUGCUGACGGUCUGGGACUGGCAGAAGAAGUCAAGGAUAGCUGAGAUCAAGACGACUAAUGAGGUGGUAUUGGGUGUGGAGUUCCACCCCACUGAGCCCAACACUAUCGUCACUUGUGGCAAGUCUCACAUCUUCUUCUGGACCUGGAGUGGCACAUCGUUGGCACGCAAGCAAGGCAUCUUUGGGAAGUAUGAGAAGCCCAAGUUUGUGCAGUGCCUAGCCUUCCUGAGCAACGGGGAGAUCCUGACGGGAGACUCUGGGGGCGUCAUGCUCAUAUGGACCCGCAGCAACGUGGAGCCAGCGCCCGGGAAGGGCCCCAAAGCAACAGCAGGGGCGUUCCAGAUCACUCGGCAGAUAAAGGCUCAUGAUGGCAGCGUGUUCACGCUCUGCCAGAUGAGGAACGGCACGCUGCUGACAGGAGGCGGCAAGGACCACAAGAUCAUAUUGUGGGACCACGACCUCAAUCCAGAGAGGGACAUAGAGGUCCCUGACCAGUAUGGAACCAUUCGCGCCGUGGCCGAGGGCAAGGGGGAGCAGUUUCUGGUGGGCACGUCCCGCAACUUCAUCCUGAGGGGGACCUUCAAUGACGGCUUCCAGGUGGAAGUGCAGGGCCACACGGAUGAGCUGUGGGGUCUGGCCACCCACCCCUUCAGGGAUACCUUCCUCACCUGUGCUCAGGACAGCCAGGUGUGUCUCUGGAACGCUGUGGACCACACGCUGGAAUGGAGCAGGCAGCUGGAUGUGCAUGGCCACUGUGCAGACUUCCAUCCCAGCGGAGCUGUGGUGGCCAUCGGCACCAAGUCUGGAAAGUGGUACGCACUGGAUGCUGAGAACCGAGACUUGGUGGCCAUACACACAGAUGGCAACGAACAGUUGUCCGUCAUGCGCUACUCAGUAGAUGGUACCCUGCUGGCAGUGGGAUCUCACGACAACUUUAUUUACCUCUACACAGUAUCGGACAAUGGCCGCAAAUACAGUCGAUAUGGCAAAUGCACGGGACAUUCCAGCUACAUCACACAUCUUGACUGGUCUCCCGACAACAGGUUCAUCAUGUCCAACUCAGGAGACUAUGAAAUCCUCUACUGGGACAUUCCAAAUGGCUGUAGCUACAUCCGGAAUCGCUCAGAGUGUAAAGACAUAGACUGGGCCACCUACACUUGUGUACUGGGCUUCCAAGUGUUUGGUGUCUGGCCAGAAGGAUCGGACGGCACAGACAUCAACGCCCUCAUUAGGUCUCACAACCGCAAGGUCAUCGCCCUCGCCGACGACUUCUGCAAAGUUCACCUCUUCCAGUACCCUUGCUGCAAAUUUAAGGCUCCCAGCCACAAGUACGGCGCGCACAGCAGCCACGUGACCAACGUGAGCUUCCUGCACCGCGACAGCCACCUGCUCUCCACGGGCGGCAAGGACACCAGCAUCAUGCAGUGGCGCCUGGUGGAGAAGACGCCCUCGCUGGUGCCCGCCGUGCCCAGCAGUGACUCUGCCCUGGGCCUGAGCGACACCCUCAUGCUCAGCCCCUCGCCGCGCGGCGUGCCCUCCCUGCCCCUCACCCCGCUCACGCCUCAGACGCCCACGGAGACGCCCACGCCGCCGCCGCUGCUGCCGCUGGCCAACGCCAGCAGCAACAACACCGGCACCAACGCCCUCGUCACGCCGCCACUCACCCCCGGCGGCGGAGAGGAGGCGGAGGUGGCGCUGGACGGCAUGGUGGAGGAGACGGGGUUGCCGGGCCCCACGGCCAACGGAAGGCAAGAGAGCUCGCCCGACACGCCGCCACCGACCAAUGAUCUGACGCCGACGUCCGACAGCACGCUGAGCCCCAAGGACAGCCUGGAACCCAGCGACGACACGGCCACGCCCAGCGACGAGGGGACACCCUUCUCACUACCCUCCUAAAGGGGGGAGUGUGACCCCCAUCCCGUGAGGGACCCCCAGCAUCACCACCACCAGGGAUGGGCAACCUGGAUUCACGAAGCUAUCCAAUCUAGUGUCACAUUUUCCUAAUGACCUGUUUUCACCUGUCCAACGGUGAUUGCCUGGUUGAAUGAUUAUCUGUUGAAUUGGACAAGGAAAACUAGGUUAUAUGGAAUAUUAUGUGGCAUUGGAUUGUAACCCUAAUGAGUCCAAGCUGCCAAUCUCUGAUCACCACCACAGGUUCCUAUGUAGACUUUACCCAGCUACCCUACCCACCAUAACACCCAGACUGUCCCUUUUCUCCUCUACUCAUGUGCUUUACACACACACACAC